AUGAGCCUCCUGUCUUCUCUCAACCACAGCGCGACCGGUGCUCGAUCCCUCCGCAGAGUCUUCUGCCGCUCACUUUCGGUCUCAACCUCCAGCUUCUUCAGCUCUUCCACUACUUCGUCCAUUUCUACUACGCGGCAACCGCGGGGUCACUCUACGCCCAAAUCCUGGCUCGAACAGCUGUAUCCUGCCUUCUUUACUGACACGCCUAUCUAUCCCGACGUCCUCCGAAUCAAGUCUCUCACCUCGAAUGGAUCUGGCGCUCCUCACGACUUGUCGUCCCUCCGACCACCUCCUCUGCCAUUCGUCCCCCCUCCUCAGCCCAAAAAGAAUGGCCGCAUCACCUUGCUCCAGCGGCUCAGAUAUCGAUGGCGGAGAGCGGCCGCCCUGAAACAUUUCUAUAAACAAGGCAUAGCUCAGAUUUGGGAAAACGUCGAGGAAUGCACUAUGCUGCGUAAGCGCCUCGCUCCAGCGGGUGCCUCAUCAGCUUUGGCUGCUAUCUACGGCGGUUCCAGCCUCACUGUUCAGGGCAAAUCCAUUUCGAUUCCGCAAAUCUCGCGUCGUGAGUUCCAGCUCCUACUCCGCCACGGAUCGGAUUUUGCUCGUCUGCCAGGCUUUGCCUUGGUUUUCUGGCUAUUUCGUUCCUGGACUCCUAUAAUUGCCGCAAGGGUUCCUUCUACCUGCGAACGGCCGUCAGACCGAAGUAGACAACUCAAGGCUUUGUGCCAUCGCUACGAAUGCUUUGCUCACAAUCGAAACGACAAGUUGGAGAAGGUGACCGACAACUCCCACUUGACUAUUACCGAGCAGGGCAAGGAAUUGCAUACUCUUUCCAGAAGGCGGUUGUUGAGAUGGCACUAUGUUGUUGUCGAUGAACCUCUAUGCAAGCUCAUCCCCUGGAUCCCCUAUGCUUGGACAGAGCCGGCAGCUCGGUUUUUUGACCGUCGGUGCCGAGACCACUAUCGUUCAAUCCUUGCUGACACAGUCCUUAUCAUGCGUGAAGGCGGAUUCAAUACACUCUCUGCCGACGACAUCUACGAGUAUUGUGUCAGAUGCGCCUCUCCAACUUUCAUCAACUAUGCGAAACAUGCCUUACAGAACGGCGUCAAUCCUGCCAGUGAGGCCAUGAGAAAGGCCAUGGUACCCGUUCUUGAGGCCCGCGCAAAGAGAAUGUUGGCCAUUGACUGGAGGAGACUACAUCCAGGGUUGCUUGGUCUGAUUGAGCCACUCAGUCGGUUACAGGAUCGCGAGCACCCUGAUUCAGUUUGGGGCAGGACAGGGUGA